AUGAAUACGGGAGAACAUUCAGGAAAUCUGAUAGCUGAUAUAAAGAAUUUUAUUCUCAAGACUCCAGUGUUUACAAAAUUCGUACUGAUCAUUUCUACACUUUUAUAUAUUCUAACUCUAAUAAGAGCAAUCAUUCUUUCUAGCAAUAUUCAAGCAACAGCAUUGAUUAGCUAUUUUCAGAUAUGGCAAUAUUACCUCACUCCAUUUCUAUGAGCGUAUUUUAUAUUUGAAUUGGCUAUCUAUUGAAUCAUUGCAUCAAUAACUGAAAGAAGAAUAGGAACUGUCAGAUAUUCAAUUUUCUUUAUUAUAAAUUCCACAUUACUACAGUUUAUGUAUUUGAUACUCGUACUUACAUUUUCAUUGGCCCCAAUAUGAAUUAAUUCAGGAUUCUUUUAUAUUUUAUACCCUAGUUUAUGGUCUGUUUUAAUGAUGGAAAUUACAAUUACAUUCAAUAAAAAUCCUUAUUAUAUACACAAGAUUCCACACUUAUCGUGGGAAAUAAAAAACUUUAUUAUUCCUUGGAUUAUCUUUGUUGUAUUAUCUUUGCUUUUCCCAGUCUUGCUCAGGCUGAUUGCAGGGCUUAUUUUAGGGUAUUUAUGUAAUCAUUAUUUAGAUAUAAGGAAACAUUUGAGCUGCAUGGAGCUAUCAGAUGCAAAGGUUGAAGAGCUCGAAAACUCUAGUGUGUUCAGAUACCUGAAAUCCUUCUCUACUUUUAUUUCUUAUCAGUCAGUUCAAGAACUCCCGAUAGGAAAUGAACCUUUCUUGGGUAUCCAAACGAUAAAUCGCCCAGUUUCUCCUUUAUCUCAGAGCGAUCACGAAUAUGAACUUCUCGAAGGAAAUGACGAAUUCACAAGCGAAGUAGAAAUUAAAACAGAUAAGUAA